AUGAUCACACUGCUGACCGCCGCCUACAAGGUACUCUCCAAAAUUCUAUGCCGCCACCUGUCACCAUUUGCAAGUGAGUUCGUGGGGCAAUAUCGGGCGGGAUUUAUGGGUGCCCACGGACAAAAUAUUCGCGAUUCGGACGCGCCACCGAACGAAGUUGACUAUCUACAAGAAGCUGAUUACACCGGUGGUCUUUUACGACCACGAGACCUAGACGUGAAGGACCAGUGGAGUGGCGUUUUCGAACGGAAGGUGUUGCGUACCAUCUACGGUGCAGUGAAAAUGGAUGACGAAACAUGUAGGAGGCGAAUGAACCACGAAUUGCACCAGCUGCUGGGAGAACCAUCCAUCAUCCACACUGAAAAAAUUGGGAAUAAGAAGAAGAGAACGCAGCGGGCAGAGUGGAUCGACCAGGUAGAAGGCGAUCGUGGACGCUUCGUAGACCACGAGGCUGGUUCGAUUCCUAGUGCACCGGAGAACAUAACCGUAACGUUCCUCACGCCGACCUCGGUCCGUGUUUCAUGGCAAACCUCGAUGGAUCCGCACACGAUGCCAGUUGACAAAUAUGACGUCACCUACAAACCAACCGAUGCCAGGGUUGUCGUAGUGGUGGCCGGAAACCGGGAGGCGGUCACACUCGGAGGACUAUCACCCGAUACCCAGUACCAGCUGACGGUAGCGGCGGUCUGGAACGGCAAAAAGUACCGCAGCAGAGCCAUCGUAUUCAGGACGCUGGAGCCACCCAGGACGUCGUUCCAGCAGGACUCUGGUGUGCCAACUGGAAACAGUGGGCCACCAAUAUCGCCACAUGCCGACACUGCACCAUCGCUGAACAGUUUCGGAAUCUUCAGCGAUGAGUUCGGCAACAUCUCAGUUAAUUCAACCGCUCGAGAACUUCCAACGAUACGUGGCGUCGAGAUCGGUAUCGUAGUGUUAGUGUUAAUAGUGUGGGCUGGUGCUAUAGCUUUAUUUUUUAAUCGAUGGGGUAAGAUCCGAAUGUUGCUUCCAUAUCAGCCGGACUACAAACAGGAACAGCUUAAAGUUCCUGGGACGGGCGUCUGUGCCAACGGUCCCUGCAACGGACAGCACUCGCACCAGUGCAUUCCGCGGUGUGACAGCUGUAGCCUUCUGGACCGAUGCUUUCAAUGUCCGAUCCUGUCCCGACCGCACGCUCGAGACUGUGGUUGUCAGUUUGCCCUACUGCAUCGAGUCGAAGUCGACAGCUAGCAUUUGGGGAAUGAUCCUCCGCGUGGGCUUCACCUGAACUCGCAACCAACGACAACGACCACGCUAUCGCAAGAGCAAGAACAGCCACACCCGACCAACAGCAACCAAAGCCAGCAGACUCAACUGCUUCUGCAACGCCAACGCUCCUCCGAACAGGAACUCCUGCAGCCGAAUCAUCGUCCACUAUUGAUAAAAGCAUCCACCAUCAACCGCCAGCCAUUAUGCCAACAGCAGCGACCAUUGUUGUCGCAUUCGACUAGCCUUGGGCACCACUAUCAUCAACCACAGCAACACCAACAUCAUCAUCAUCACCAUCAUCAUUCGCAUCCCCGUCUCAGUCAAAGGAAUCGUCAGAAGCUGUUCUCAGGCAGCCGUGGAUACAAAUCGGUCUGCAGCGGUAGUGGGUCCCAGCAUGCCUGCGCAGGUCAAAGCAGAUGCUCGAAGGAUCACGACGAAGACAUUGAAGCCUGUCGUCCUACGAAAAAGGGCUACGGAAAGUUACUUGCAAAGCAGCAGCCUUUUCAUCCGUGGCCGGAGGAACCUUCUUCAGUCAUUUCGGAACGAUGCACAAGAGCCCGAAUCAACUCGGCGAUAUUCGUCUCGUCCGAGGGCAGAGGAUUCGACUCGAUCGAAUUCAUCCGGCGGUACGGCUCGCAGUCGGUCCUGUGCCGGAAGGCGCGCAGUGCCGAGAAUGUGUCGGCCACCGAACGGCAGCGUCGGUUCUCCGCAUAUCCCGAGUGGGAAUCCGAAGAGAGCAAACAGCAUAAUAACCCGAUGAAUGGUUAUAGCAACUUCAAUAGUAAUAGUUGCAAUGAUCCCCACCAGGACUCGAUCGAACUGGUGGAAUGCCACAGAGAACCUAAUCCCACGUCGUACGUGAGCACUAGCAGCAAUCCGAAAGCCAGUAGCAGCAGUAGUGACAACGCCAACAGCAGACCAACGCCAAAGCUAGCGAAUUUACCGACAUUGUCGGUAUCCGGGCCAUCGCCACCACACGAGGAGGAAUUUUUCCAAAGUCCAUCCUCACUCGCGGACAGUACCGAGACGGAGCGCUACUGAAACGAGAGGAUCUGCUAUCCCGGACAGGACCACUCGUUUCAGAUAACGAUCCACGCUGAUAAAAAAAACGCUAUUCGUUCGCGUGAAAAUUGCUUUAUUGAUUCCUGCACUCGGCUGGGACAUCUCUGGCCCAGGUAUGCCUCUCAACAAGGACACACCAAUAACCACAGAACAGCGUAAAACCCAACUACGAACAAGGGAACGCUUCCUCCCACAACACCACUACACAGUGACCACCAUCUUUGUUCAGGGAGAAAAAGCUCUUCAGCCACCCAAUUACAUCGGCAGUCCCUAAAAGUUGAUCCCUGUUUGCUCAAACCAAAGUCGAUUAGCCUUUGAAAUGGUAAUGAUUCUACACCACAAAUUUGGUGACGACGACAACGAUGAUGAUGACGAUGAUAAUGUUGAUGGUAAUUGUGCCCCAUAAUUGGGCCGGAUUUUACGGUCCAAAAGUUAUCUCGAUUUCACUUUGACUGGCGUUCUUGUGUAAGCUGAUGUUUUGUGUGGUUCAUUUAUGGGUAAAUACAGAGAGACCGUGGGUAUUGGAAUUUGAUAUUUUGAGUAUUCUUUUAGAUGUACGAACAGUAUCGCAUAGGAUCACACCAAAAUAGAGACUUGAAGAAAUGGAGCAACGCAAGAAUGUUAAACAAUAAUCAUGGUGAUAGAUAUUCCCUGUCUCGGAAUCCGGCUCAUCAACCGGCGCACAUCAUCCUCUGCCACCGUCUUGAAAAUUAUAAUAAUGCCAUGAUGAUUUCAUCUGGUUGAUGUUUUUUCUCUUCAUCUGCAGAUUCCCUUUCACGAAUGUUCAAAAUCUCUCAAUCGGAGAGAGCUGGGGACAACAUAAUGAAAUGUCAGCACACAAGAUUUGGCCCUCAAGAUAAAAGCUUUAAUCUUCGGUUCAUCCCAGGAAAUCCCGGGAUCUUGAUUUAAAUCCUUCUUCGAAGCUUUACAGUCUGUAUGACUCAUUCCAGAAGGUUAUAGACGUUGGGAUGCUACGUUAUUGACGUCUGAAGGCAGUGAUUUCUUAAUUUUAUUUAUUUAUUAUCAUUAUUCAUCUGACAAAUUGUAGUCUCAAUGAA